CUACCACAUUCACAUUUCAUGACUGAAGCUCACAUGCCGCCCAGUGGUCUAUUCUAAAGGUUAUUCAACGGUUUAAAAUGUUGUAGGUUUUAUUCAACUCUUUCUAAAUUCAAAGCGACACCAGGUAUCACAGAGAGCCUGGGACUGGACAUGCGCAGUCGCAACCCUCGCACAUGGACCACCCUCCGCAAAAAGUCAGGAAGUGAAACAAAACAUUCCUGGCUCGUGCCUGGGAAAGACAGUUAAUGAAUCAUAUUAGGAUGUAGACGUGGUCGAUCCGGGCUACAGCACAUAUGCUAUAGCUUGUUCCUCACCAGUGCUGGGAAUUAAAAUGGAGCCAUGUGAAAGCGGAGAAGAAGAGACCAUGGAGACACUUGUUGCUGCUGACUCGCUUCUCAGCAUGGACUGCCCUGAUGCUCUCUCCCUGGAACAACACUACUCCCAGACCUUCUUACCGUCACUGGGUGAUGUCAUCACUACUCCUGUUACCCAGGUGACUGUGUCGGCAGAGGGCAUUGUGGGAGCUGUUGACAAGCCCCAGUGGCCCUUGUUGCACACAAAGAAGCCUGCGGCACAGCUGCAGUCCAGGAAGAGAGGGAGAAAACCUCGACAUAGAAGGGCAGAGUCUCCAACACCAGACAUUAUAGUGAAGAAGGACAAAUACAACAAAGGAGGAAACACUCUGUACCUGUGGCAGUUCCUGAUGGAGUUGUUGCAGGACCGACAGGUCUGCCCCCGCUACAUUAAAUGGACUAAUCCUGAUGCAGGAAUCUUCAAGUUGGUCAACUCAAAAGCUGUGGCCAGACUCUGGGGCAAACACAAGAACAAGCCAGAUAUGAAUUAUGAGACAAUGGGCAGAGCACUCAGGUACUACUACCAGAGGGGCAUACUGAAUAAGGUAGAAGGCCAGCGUCUCGUCUACCAGUUCACCUCUCUGCCCAAAGACAUGAUUUAUAUCACAGAUGGAGACAACGCCAAAGAGGAGGAAGAUUAUGACGACAAUAGCGGCAAUGAUGAAGGUGUGAGCGAUGACUCUGAUGACAGCACAAUACCUUCCAGUGACCAAUCAGUGGAGGACGAAGAUUUACACCCACCACAGAAAAAAAUGUCGUCCAGCUCUGUCCGAGCCCCAGCCACCCAGCGGACCAGGCCCGCUCCCAGGCCCUCAGCCCAGCGCGACACCAUCCUGCGGCCCACCAGCACCAGCUUGAUCCAGGAGCAGCAUUUGCCUAUUGUGUCAGCUGAGAUGCUGCGGACCUUCCAGAACCUGCCGAAGGUCCAGUCCCUGCAGCCCGCUGGUCACGCCUCAGUCUUCAGAACGGCUCAGCUGCUCGGGAGUCUGUGUGAGCGUCAGGCUGCUGCUCAGGUGGCUGUGGACAGUAACUGUGCACGGGAGACACCUAAUGAGAAGUCACACCCAGGACAGAAAACUUCACAAGUGGAAACUCCACAGCUGGUUCCCUUAACAAGCUCUGACCAAUAGAAAAGACCAGACACCCCCAAACACACACACACACACACACACACACACACACUCCACUGACUCAGGACCAGUUACAGAGCUGCACUUUGCUGUGGCAAUCCACACCCGGGCCUUUAUUUCUCAAGCGUGUAAGAGUGGAAGUAUUGAUCUAGGACUAUUUUUGUAUUUUAGAUUAUAUUAUGAAUUAGUAACAAAAGUAAUUCUUGAUCAGUGCUUCCUGUCUGACAUCUUGAGUUGGCAGGGAAUUGGCAUGAACCAAAAUCUCAGAGCACUCAGCAGGUUACUUUCUAAGAAGAGGAAGACUUUGAAAGCUCUUGUCCUUUUAUCUCAUUCAUUCUCUGUAGCCUUUAACUAUACAAGACACCAAAGACAGACAUGCACUGGAAUCUAUUGCCUUUCUGCAUCUCCUGCAGACACCCCCUCUGCUUUUGCACUUCACCUCCAGCGUCAUGGAGCAAAUGAUCUGAUCAGCACACUGUGCCCUCCGUCUUUGCCUUUACUCUCGCUCUUUCCCACUCUUUUACUCUCACAUGCUGAAUCAUUCCUCUGCCUUGAAAUUGGCUUUGCACUAAUGUUUACCUCUGCUGUAUGUUUCUUCUCUAAGUGCCUGAAGAUCUCAGUCCACCCUGUCCCUGCUGCUUCCUCUGUUCCUGGUAAUCGUGAGGUUAUUGAGGGAAAACAUUCCAUAUUACUAUUGUUAUUGUUAUUAUUAUUAUUAUUAUUAUUUUUUAAGAUGAAUUAUGUUUGUAUUGUGAAAUGUUGAAAACAAGGGAUCACUGUUAUUUGUAGAAUAGUAAUUUAGCACUGCUGCUGUUUAGUUGAUGCAUCUACACAGUGGACCUUCCUUUUGUUGACAGUCACAAGUGAAAUUGUCUUGUAGCCUUUUAUAUUGCUACAUUGCCUCCUGUUGAGUCGUACUUCUACUAUUUAGCCUUUCUGCUAUGCACACAUUCUGUUUAGUUGUUACACAUAUAUAAAUGCAUAUAUGGACCUCUAAAGCCUUGAUAUCUGUAUGUGUUGUGUAUUAUAUACUGUAUGUCUGUGAACAUGCUUGACUUUGUGCCUUGUUGCCAUUUUCUCCCUCAGGUUUGUAAAAAUGUGUUUUACUGCACAGACUGUAUCCUCUAUGCAAGGAGUAAAACGGCUUGCCCUUUAUAAUGAAGUAAUGCUAAGUUCAGUGUUUUCUCUUCAGUUGAUCUUAGUUUAGCCUCACAAAGCCAGCCCACAAAGUUCGCUUCACUCCAAAUAAAAACUGAGUGUGUAAGAUUUAGACUUGCGAGGCUAAACUUGGUUUAGGAGAGGCUUAUAACCGUGCCUUUGCCCCCAGGGAACCCUAUGCAAAACGGUUUUCAGUUUAUUACUGAGUAAACCAUUUAUUUUGAAUCCCCUCACUUUGCUUUAUCUGGAGGUCUCUUGAUACUGUAAGUUUUACUGAUGUGGAUUUGUAAGCUUGUAGCAGAGGGAGAGGUGGAUUUUCUGUUGCUUUAUUUCAGUGCGUUUGCUUUUGUGCAGUCCAGAGGUGUUGAAAAGAGUAUAUGAAAUAAAUGUAAUUUUAUC